AUGCCUGGAUUCCCACAAGACCCACCCCAUUCAGAAGGCCAUGUGGAUGCCAACCCGACCACUGAGGAAAGGGAUGUUGUGCCUGGACAGGAAGUGAGGGACAUGGAGCCGUCAGAGUCUCCUUUGCUUUCCAACUCGUCUCCACUGGAGCUCAAUGGGCAGGAAACACAGCAAAUGGACGGCAGCUGGAGCCAAGAUGGAGACCUGCAGGGAUGUGGACAACUGGAGAGGAGGUGGGUCCUCUGGCACAUGUUUAUGAACGAACACGCCCACCUGGACACCUGGCUGCGAUUGGCUGAGCCAGCUGUCAGUUCUCCUUACCCUGCCUAUGUUACUUAUGUUACUGCCAAGGAAGAACUGAGGAAGUUUGAGAGGCUGCGGCGCGAAGCCAGAUCUCGGAUUGUGCAGUUGGACAAUCUGACCCGGAGGAAUCGGACACUGACUCGGCUGUUUCAGGGUGCCAUGCAGGCUCGGCUGCUGGCAUCAGCGAGGGAGAGCGGGCAACGAUGGGACGACGUGAACGCCAAACUGGAAUCCAUCACUGGACAACUGAAGCUCUUUGUCUCAGAGUGGGAGGGGUUUGAGGCAGAGAGGGAGGAGCUUGUUCUCUGGUUGGCCGACCUGGACGUCCGUCUGACCGAGGUGGAUCACCUGACAGGAAACACCUGCAAAAAGCUGCGACGACUGCAGUCCUUCCAUCAGUGUGUGUGUGUGAACUCGGGCCGUGUGAAUGUCCUGCUGCAGCGCGGCGAGGCCUUGAUCCAGCGCAGCGAACCAACUGAUGCUCAACAUGUCGAGAGUCAGCUACUGAAGCUGCUGCGGCGCUGCAGCCUCAUCUACAACAACAUCACACGGACACAUACCAGGCUGCUGAGCAUGAGACUGGUGUUUGAGGAUGACUGGAUUCUGUCUAAGGCUACAGACUCUGGUUGUCCUUCAGAGACUCUAUUAGAGGAAGAGGGUGCACUUGAUAAAGCCAACCUGGACACCCCCGCAUUUCCAAACCAUCCUUUAGAUUUUACCCAAUCAGCUAACCCCACCCUAGCCUUCUCACCCCUUCACCUCCCUCCACCUGCUCCCUCCCUGUCCUCUCUUACCCAUGAGCACCUGGGACUUGAGUGGGACCCCUCGGUUGAUAUCGGACGCUCUGUCUCCCGUGACAAUGCAGACUCGUCGUAUUUCAGUGCCAGCACAGGUCUGUGUCACAGAGAUGGGGUGAAGAGGCGGAGCUACCUUGGUUCCUUUGGCUCUCAGUCUGAUAUCAGUAAUGACAUCACCAAUCAGGAAGCAGAUUUUCGAUUGGAGGAAUGGCUUGACCACGCCCAUCCAAGUGUAUUCUCACCAAUAGUAAACAAAGGGCUCGGGACUGGGCUAAAUGAGGACCAGUGGGCCACCUCGACUCCUGACAGAGAGGACGGGGAGCCUGUUAGCUUUGACCGUGGCCGCGUGAGGGCAUGGCUAGGAGUCCAGAGCGCCGCCCCUUCAGAGAGGAGGACUUCCUGUUCCAAAGCCGUGCAGACUGACGAACAGGUUCAUGGUGCUAUCAGCAGCCGCAAUCUAUUCUUUGUGAAUGGCCCCUCAGUUUACCCAAAGCUGAAGAAGAGCAGUCCUGUUGUGAAGAAGCCGAGCGUCUUCACUCUGAACAAAGUGCACACCAUAGAGUACUGCAUAGUGUACUGCAUAGUGUACUGUAUAGUGUACUGCAUAGUGUAUACCAUAGAGUACUGCAUAGAGUACUGCAUAGAGUACACCAUAGAGUACUGCAUAGUGUACUGCAUAGUGUACACCAUUGAGUACUGCAUUGAGUACUGUAUAAUGUACUGCAUAGUGUACACCAUAGAGUACUGCAUUGAGUACUGUAUAGUGUACUGCAUAGUGUACACCAUAGAGUAA